GGCACGAAUAAUAAACCCUAAUUUUUAAACCAUAAACCCUUAACAGCAACCUCCGUUUCUUGUUCAAGAAUCCGAGGUUCUGUUCUUUCUUCUUCUAACCAUUAAUCAUGAUGAAAAGUAAAAAGUUCAAAAACAAUAACAACAGUCAAAAUGGUCACAGAAGCAAGCGGACUAAAUCCGACAAGCCAGACCCGUUCUUCGACGGUGAUUCGAAGCGCCGAAAAAAAAUUGUACACGAUAAUGAUGAAGACAGCAUUAAGAGUAGUGAUUCUGAUGAUUAUGAAGACAGAGACGUGGCGGCGGCGGUGGAGGAUGACGCUGAGGGAAAUGAGAUGUUUGAAGAUGAGAACGCGGUUGAGAAACGGAAGAGAUUAGCUGAUGCGUUUUUGGAGAAGAUGAGGGCUUCGUUGAGAAAAGAGGAGGACGAAGAUGAUGAGGUGGAUGAAAGAGGUGGUAAAGAGGAUGGAGACAGGGAUUCUCGCGUUGCACGUAUGUUGCAGGCGCAACAACUCGAAGACAGUGGCCGUGUUCGUAAAUUGAUUGCUUCAAGGGUUCAAAAACCAGGAACAACAGACGGAUUUCGGGUUUUAGUGAAGCACAGACAGUCUGUAACUUCCGUGGUCUUAUCAGAAGACGAUUCCAAAGGCUUUUCAGCUUCAAAGGAUGGAUAUAUUGUCCAGUGGGAUGUUGAUAGUGGGAAAACAGAAGCAUAUGCUUGGCCUAGUGAAGAAGUAUUGAAGUCACAUGGUGCAAAAGAUCCACAAGGUCGAGCUAAAAAACGUAGCAAACAUGUUCUAGCUCUUGCUGUGAGCUCUGAUGGAAGGUAUUUAGCAAGUGGAGGCUUUGAUCGACAUGUUCAUCUAUGGGAUACACGGACAAGAGAGCAUAUUCAGGCUUUUCCAGGGCAUAAAGGACCUGUCUCCUGUUUGACAUUCAGACAAGGGACUUCAGAGCUGUUUUCUGGUUCAUAUGAUAGAACAAUCAAGAUAUGGAAUGCAGAAGACAGAUCUUACAUAACUACAUUAUUUGGUCAUCAAAGCGAUGUUUUAACUAUUGAUUGCUUAAGAAAAGAACGCCUGCUGACUGUUGCCCGUGAUCGCACCAUGCACUUAUGGAAGGUUCCUGAGGAGUCACAACUAGUGUUUAGGGCUUCUGCAUCAUCAUUGGAGUGCUGUUGUUUUAUAAAUAAUGAUGAAUUUUUAUCGGGUUCAGAUGAUGGUAGUAUUGAGCAUUGGAGUGUAUUGAGAAAAAAGCCUCUACAUAUUGUUAAAAAUGCACACCCUUCUUUGAUGAUUCCAAGUAAGCCCGAUGAUGAUGAUGAUGAUGAUGAUUUACCAAAUGGUGAUAAAGAUGAUUUGGGUGAAAAGGUUUGCUCAUCAGUAAAUUCAUGGGUUAGUUCAGUAAGUGUAUGUAGAGGGAGUGAUCUUGCAGCAUCAGGAGCUGGUAAUGGUGUUGUUCGUCUGUGGGAAAUUGAAAGUGAUGCCAAAGGUGUUCGCCCACUUUAUGAGCUUCCAUUGGUUGGAUACGUAAAUUCUUUGGCAUUUGCAAAAUCAGGGAACUUUUUGGUUGCUGGAGUUGGCAAGGAACCCCGAUUGGGUCGAUGGGGGUCUCUCCCUGCUGCUCGACAUGGUGUUGUGGUACACCAAUUGCAACUGUCAAAAUGACGCUUCUGCCCUUGUUGAGUCUCACCAUACUUGUCAACAUUUGGGUUUUUUUUUUUUU